AUUCACUCGCCAUUAAGGCACAGUAUGACCAGAGGACUGAUUCUAACCUGCUGAACAGGUAUCGCACAAGUUGAACAAGCGGAGCUAACAGACAAGCAGGAAAAGGAAAGGUAAAGUAAAGAAAUGGAGAACUUGAAUUAGGCGAAUGGAAUUCCCUCACUCCUUCAAAUGUCAGUUCCGUGGCAGAUGGGGAGAGGUGGAUCCACAGGUCGAUCAUUUAUACGUCACGCUUUAGGAAAGAAAAACUUCCGUGAUGGAUGCGUUCGUGUUUUGUCACGAGAAAGGAGCGUGAAGUUCCGAACUCCUGAUUCUAGCUCCGAGAAGUAACAUUUUACGGGGUGGGAAUGUCCUGAAAGAUGGCGGGGCUCAGUGGAUUUCCGGGUCAGGAUCCAGGAAAGGAAAAAAGAGGAGAAGAAUAAGCCAUUAGAAUGAGCCACUCCCCUGCAUGGCCCUGUGGCUCUGGUGUCCAAUCCUGUCUGCCCGGUGCCAGGGAUGGGGGGGUUUCAGUCCGCAGGUCUUUCCUCUUCUCCAGUGGUCAGUGGGCUUUUCACUUAUUUGUCACCUCAUAUCAGAUACCCUUGGAUCUCUACUCUUGUCUCCUGCCUGACCAGGAAAUCGAUCAAGGUCCGCCACCUUUAAGGUAAUUCCAACCCUUUAAUUGUUCUUUCUAAGAGCUUGAAGCUGAUGUUAGAAGUUUUCCUGAGCGUCCCGAGUAUGUAACUGACGUGGCUUUGAACUGACUUUUGAAGGAGCGAGGACAUUCUAUUUGCCUAAUUCAAGUCCUUAAUUCCCCAGUCUUCACUUCCUUUUCUUGCUUCAAUUUUUGCUUCCCUAGAUGGGUGGAGCAAGAAGUGAAAAAUGAACGAAUGGAACGAUCCCAGAAUUCACCAGUAAUACAGUCAUACCUGUGCAAUGCUUGACCUUUAACCCUUGGAGGGUGUGAUUUCCUACUUUAGUGGUAGGAAAAUGCAAGCAUUGCUGGAGAGAAUGGCCUGUUACGUCAUUAUGUUACGCUAUGCUAUGUCAUGUUCUGCCUACAGCUGCAGCUAUUGACUUCAUUAAUGCUGAUUUGGCAAAUUCAGAGGUUGCUCCCAGAUUGGACUGGCCAAACGCUGAGCUUCACUCACUGUCCGAUAGGUUAGCACGGUGCGGCCAUGCUGCCUGCAGUUCACGUGACGGCCACUUGAGGGCGCUCAUUCCCUGACUCCGCCACCCCAGACCCCGGCUGGACCUCACCAUGGUGCCGGACGAGGAUGCGCAGUGCCCCCCUGCGCCACCAGAUGGCGCCCCAGACCUGGAGUGCGCCGUCUGCUUCAGCCAGUUCGACAAUGUCUUCCGCACUCCCAAGAUGCUGCACUGCAAGCACACCUUCUGCCUGGAGUGCCUCGCCCGCAUGAACAUCAAGGCCUCGGAGCCCAACGCCAUCCUGUGUCCCCUCUGCCGAGGGGUGACCCCCCUGCCCGACCUGGGGCUCCCCAAACUGGAGAACAACCCCACCAUCCUGUCCUACCUGCCGAUGGCCAUGCAGAGGGUGUACAGCGUGCGGUUCAACCGCACCCGGGGGAAGCUCCAGGUCAAAGGGCCCUGUACGGUCAGUCACUCCCUGGAUGUGGGGCUCCCGGGCCCCACCCCCACCCCCACCCCUGGUCCUGGCCCCAGGCCCAGGCUGGGCAGGAUGCAGCAACUCUCCAACAGACCGCUCUGCCGCGCCCUCAUUCUGAUCUCUGCAGCCCUGCUGCUGGCACUGCUCAUCUGCAUCAUCAUCAUCCUCCUCAGAUCGCGGGACUGAGCUCACCUUCAUCAUCAUCAUCAUCAUCAUCACUGUGAGAAUGAGCUCACCUGCAUCAUCAUCAUCAUCACCCUGAGACUAUGAGAAUGAGCUCACCUUCAUCAUCAUCAUCAUCAUCAUCAUCACCCUGAGACUGUGAGAAUGAGCUCACCUUCAUCAUCAUCAUCAUCAUCAUCAUCACCCUGAGACUGUGAGAAUGAGCUCACCUUCAUCAUCAUCAUCAUCAUCACCCUGAGACUGUGAGAAUGAGCUCACCUUCAUCAUCAUCAUCAUCAUCACCCUGAGACUAUGAGAAUGAGCUCACCUUCAUCAUCAUCAUCAUCAUCAUCACCCUGAGACUAUGAGAAUGAGCUCACCUUCAUCAUCAUCAUCAUCAUCAUCACCCUGAGACUGUGAGAAUGAGCUCACCUUCAUCAUCAUCAUCAUCAUCACCCUGAGACUGUGAGAAUGAGCUCACCUUCAUCAUCAUCAUCAUCAUCAUCCUUAUUUAACAAGGGCACAAGCACACUUACACAUAGACUCUCUCACACACACACACAGAGGAUGACUGAUGGAUGAGCUUUCUUUCAAUAAAGCAAUCAGCACUUAAUAGGAACAUGUUUUUCUUAUUUUUUAAAUGUUUUUGUGAGUGAAUUUUGAACACCAUGAUGCAUCAUGAAUAAAACCUUAGGAAACUGGAUACAAUCAGGGAAAGCACAGUUCCAGUAAUCUUUUCAAAACUACCAGUAUGAUUGAUUGACCAGUAUGAGUUUUGGCACACCAUUGAUGGCAUCCAUUUCCUCCUCUCUCCUCUCAGUUUUCCAUCUCAGGAACAUUGGCAGAGCCAGGCCAUUUUUCAGCGGCCAUUGUACUCAGAAUAUAACUGUAAAUAAGUGUAUAACCUGUUAUACUAUUCAACGUGUGCCAUUUCACCAUCUCGUGCAGAUACAUGGUUAGGCAUCAAAUGUAACCUGGGGAGAAAAAGGUGAGAAGGAUUAGAGUGGCCAUUUCAUGGUCCUAUGUUUCUAUAUCAGGACCUUUCCUGCUGAGGCUGAGACCAAAGACACUGACCUGAGUGCAAUAAAGCGUACUGUGUACUAUGCACCAUGUCCUACGUACUGUGUACUAUGCACCGUGUCCUACGUACUAUGUACUAUGCAGCGUGUCCUACCUACUGUGUACUUUGCACCGUGUCCUACGUACUGUGUAAUGUGCAAUGCCUGAAGUAUAAAGUGUACUGUGUAAUAUAGUAGAGUGGGUACCCUUUCAGUUUACUAUGACGUUGUUAGUAGUUUUAUUUACGGAAUAAUACAAUCUGUAAAAUUUCUAUCCUGUCAUCUAA